UUACGCUUGAAAACCUUAAUACUUAAGCACACAUAAUGGAGUUUCUAUUAAUCGCAUUGGCUGCGAUAUGCAGUUUGUGCAUAAAUUCUGUGCAAGGUCAUGGACGUCUCAUGGAUCCGCCUGCACGAAAUGCCAUGUGGCGAUUCGGCUUUCCGAACGCCGUAAAUUAUAAUGAUAACGAACUAUUUUGCGGUGGAUACGCAGUACAAUGGGAACAGAAUUCGGGCAAAUGUGGGGUCUGUGGAGAUGCGUACCACGUGAAGACGCCACGACCGCAUGAGGCGGGUGGUGAAUUCGCGAAGGGCAUCAUAUCGCGGUACUACGCAGCUGGACAGGAAAUCGAUGUUGAGGUUGAACUCACAGCCAAUCACUAUGGUCGUUUUGAAAUGUUCCUCUGUCCCAACAAUAAUCCACGACGUGAGGCUUCACAAGCUUGCUUCGACCGUUAUCCACUGUAUAUUUCGGGUAGUCGGGAACAUCGCUUCUUGAUACCACGUGACGCACCCAAAAAGGAGAUUUUCCGCUAUCGUGUACGUCUGCCUCCUUAUGUUACAUGCACGCAAUGUGUGCUCCAAUGGACCUACUAUACAGCCAAUAUGUGGGGUACUUGCUCCAAUGGCACUGAGGCAGUGGGCUGUGGCAAGGCGGAAACUUUCCGCAACUGCGCCGAUAUUGCAAUUGUCUCCAACACCGGUGGCGGUGUUCCACCGAUCUUUGUGAAUAACAAAUCUCCAUAUCUGCUCUACUACAGAGACUAUCGUGCGCCGGAUGACAACAAUGUGUUCCCGCUUAUUGUGCGUGACCAGAAAUGUAUUGCCGCGCCAGCAUUCCGCACCAUUCCUGGCAUGGAUAAUUGGUGUGAGACGAACUGCUUGCGCUAUCCACCCAACUGUCCGGAAUCGGCAUGCCAUUGUCCUAAGGAUUGUGUGGCGAUUGGUGAACUAGAGGGACGCGAAGGUGCGGACACGUAUUGCAUGGAUGAAUGUCUGAAUUACGAUUCCGUAUGUCCAGUGGAUAGAUGUCGCUGCUUCUAAGACAACACAAAGUUUCGAACACUGCCUGUAAGAGUAUCGCUGGGACUUUGGGUGUGCUCUUCAACGAACAAAGUUCAUAAGCGCUCAAGCUUGUGAAGAACGGAUCAAAGCUGUGCUACAAAUUCUGUGCCUUUUUAUAAAUACCUAUGU